GUCUUCUUCCGAUCUAUCCUUCCACUUUCAUCGAACUGCUCGGAUCUCUCAAAAUCUGCUGUGCUGCCAAUCAAUUGUUCUAUCUCGAUCUGUUCCCUCGAUUCCUUCGAUCAACCAAUUUCUCACGACACGAUGCCUGACGCUAGUUACCACGCUGCUUACAAACGACUCAGACUUGGAGACAUGCAGCCAUCGGAGCUUGGCUUCAUGACCAAGAAGCCUGACUACAAUAACGUUCUCAUCAAUGUUGAAGAGCUCGGACAACGAGUCCGUCUUUGUCUGCCAAAGCCAUGUCCUCCCCCAAAGACUCCUCUUAUUAGCCUUGGAUACCUGGACAAACUCUCAACUGAGCUGCAGUACAGCCUCUUCGCAACGAUGCUCAUUACUGAUCUCUUCCGCCUACGAGCAGUCAAUUCCCAUGCCAAAGCCUUGAUCGAGCAGUGGCCUCCAUGCAGCACGGUUAUCAAGUAUGCUCCUCACGCAAUUCAGGCUAUGCUUGCCACUUCGGCUGGUGAGCUGUGGACCGUACCAGAAACUGUCGAUGUCAUCUUCGGAACGACAUGCGAAUUUUGUGGUGAGCACGGCGAAAUCCUGCAACUGUUACGACUCAAGCGGUGCUGCUUUCGAUGUCUUUCGCAAGAGCGCGACCUUCUUGCCCUUCCACCCACGUAUGCGAAGGAAGUCAUGGGUCUCACUGACACCGAUCUACAACAAAUUCCUCACAUCUACACUGUCCCGCAAACGAACUUCUGGGGCACCCCUUCCUCGGUGGGGCCAGCGUUGGACUACAAGGCAGCAUUGCAUGUAGCACGACAACGAUAUCACAACUCAAGCAUAGGAAGCCCCUUGAAACAAGCAAACCCACGCUUCACGAUGAGAGGCAUAUAUGGAGAGGGUAUCGGCAGCUUGGAGCGCACCGGACUUUGUCUCGAUGAGAGGCGGCGGAGCUUCCAGCAUUCGUCCAGACCAUCCAUCCAAAUGCGUCGUCAGCAACCACUCUUACACUUGCUGGAGUACGAGUUGGAGCCUCCAGAGACGUUCUACCUUCAACAUGCAUGUUCCAUACAACUUCCGGCCAUUGAACGGCAACUCGUUCGGCAUAGAGAUGGCACCGUUACCCACACCGACAAGAGAGUUAGCGUUUUGCACUGCGCUGGAUGCGCCUCUUACUGGAACUAUCACUCUCCUCUCCCGUGGCAAUACCACCGACUCCACCGACACUCGCCUGGCUCUACGCAUACUGAGCUAACGGCACAUCUUGCACACUGUCUCUACGCCCGUCUGCAUUGGAUACGGCUUUGGAACCCCUGGCGCAUCAACAAAUUGGAAGACGUAGUCAACUUGCUGGCAACAUAUCGAAGUAAAUUCUGGCCGAGACAUGGACGCGGAUCGAAUGGGGAGGAUAACGCGGCCUUCGAACGCAUCCCCGACCUCGCGUGGCAGUUGAUGCUGGAAAACCAAGCAGAUUGCAACGCAUUCAUGCCGCUUUAUUCGUGGCCGGCGCCAAAAGAUGAAGCGUACGACUACAAGGUUUGGCGCCAGCGCCAGCGCGUCCAGCUGCGUGAGGCUGUCAGGGUCGCCGACGAUGCGACAGAUUGCUACUGGGACAGCCUUGUGACCCAGGAAACCAUCAGCCAGACUCAUUGGGCUUGCGCCAAAGCCUCCAACGGCAGCCACUGUCUGUUCCGUGGGCCGGUGUCCUUGUUGGUUGCGAGGAAGGCAUUGUUGGACAGGAAGUUCGUUUGUCCAACGACAAAGAGCAGGAAACAGCCUCACUAUGGCUUUGACAGAUUUUGAGCAGGUAAGGACGACAGCGAGGCACAAAGGGCGGUGAGGUGCGUUAGGGCUGAUAGAGGGCUGGGGCCUUCAUCGAGGAACGAGCUACGUUGCAUUUCGAGCGUCCAUUGUACAUAUUUAUUCA